AUGGCUGCCGCUGCCCCUCCCAGGGACUUCCUCUCCGGCCACCCCGGCCACCUUCUGCACCGUGCUAACCACCGCCUUCUUCGCCGCUGCCUUGUUCAACUCGCGCUCCCGUCUGUCCCACCUGUCUGCGCCUACGACUUUGAUACCGACGAGGCUCAGACCGCUGCUCUCGCCCAGUUCCGCGAGGAGCUGACCGCCGCCGGUCUGAUCCCCGCCGACCUCGCCGCCGCCAAGGAGACUGUCGGCUACGACCGUUUCGACGACACCACCCUCCUCCGCUUCCUCCGUGCCCGCAAGUUUGACCUCCCCAAGGCCACGCUCAUGUGGGAGGCCAACGAGAAGUGGCGCAAGGAGUUUGGCACCGAUGAGAUUGCCAAGAACGGCUUCGACUACGCUGAGGCUGCUGGUGUCGACAAGUACUACCCCCAGUUCUACCACAAGAUCGACCGUGAGGGCCGCCCCGUCUACAUUGAGCAGCUCGGCAAGCUCGACAUUACCGCCCUCUACAAGCUCACCACCCAGGAGCGCCAGCUCAAGCACCUCGUCGACGGUUACGAGAAGUUCCUCUCGCAGCGUCUCCCCGCUUGCUCCGAGCAGACCGGCACCCUCGUCGAGACCUCGUGCACCAUCCUUGACCUGUACAACGCCGGUAUCUCGACCUUCUACAAGGUCAAGGACUAUGUCUCGGCCGCGUCCACCAUUGGCCAGAACUACUACCCCGAGACCAUGGGCCACAUGUUCAUCAUCAACGCUCCUUACCUCUUCGCCACCGUCUGGUCGCUCAUCAAGCCCUGGCUCGACGAGGCUACCCAGAAGAAGAUCCACAUCCUCGGCAAAAACUACAAGGAGGAGCUCACCAAGUACAUCCCCGCCGAGAACCUGCCCAAGAACCUCGGCGGCACCUGUCAGUGCGUCGGCGGCUGCUCCCUCUCCAACGCCGGCCCCUGGCACGUCGUCGCCCAGGCUCCCGAGGGCGACGCAACCCCCACCACUGCCUAA